ACGAUGUAUACCAUGCGUAUCGCGUACAUAUAACUAAUACAACUUAAAACGAAAUAUAUUAUGUAGCUUUAAGACAAUCUAAAACAACGUGAAACUAAAAAUGCUCUGUAGCUUUAAGGCGAACAUUGUGGAUAGGGUUAAAAAGAGGAAGUGAGCACACAGCGGAGUUUCGUUUCCCUAAUGAAAGUUUUAAUUUGGGAUCUGAGCUUUAACACGAGAAAGGAGAAGCGCAAGUACAGUAGUACGCGACGGGGGUACCAAGAAAUAAUACGCAGUUUUAUUCGUGCACAUGACAAUACAAUAGCCCUGAAGGGCGACAGAACGACGCCGAUCCUGACAAAAUAAUGAUGGCGGAGGCCGAUGCGGAAGAGAACGUGUACCGUGAGGCUGUGGCGGAGUCGCCUGUUGCGCCCCCUAAUGGCGACAUUAACAUUGACGACCUGUUACCCGACGGUCCUCAGGGGAAUAUUCAAGGACAGAUGGAGGAGUUCCUGGGCCCCCAGCCGGAGUACGAUGAGGAAGAGGAGGAGAAUAAGUAUUACAGAAGGAAGAAGCUGGGCGUGGUGAAGAACGUCCUGGGGGCCAGCGUUGGGGGCAUGAUCAUAUACAGCGUCUACAUGGGCCUGUUGCAGAUGCAGCUGAUCCUCCACUAUGAUGAGACGUACAGGGAGGUGAAGUAUGGUAACCUGGGUCUGGAGGACAUCGACAAGAAGAUGCUGAUGGGGAUCAACGUUACACCCAUCAUAGCCCUGUUAUACACCCCCAUACUCAUCAGGUUUCUGGGCACCAAAUGGAUGAUGUUUCUGGCAAGUGGAAUUUACGCUCUCUUCGUCUCAACCAAUUACUGGGAGCGAUACUACACCCUGGUACCAUCGGCUGUGGCCAUUGGUGCAGCCAUUGUCCCGCUGUGGGCGUCGUUAGGGAACUACAUCACAAGGAUGGCACAACAGUACUAUGAGUAUGUGAACUAUAAGGAGGAUCACGUCCAGGAACAGAAGAAACUACCCAAGGGGGCGUGUCAUCGCUAUGUCAUCAUCUUCCAAUCCGUGUUCUUCAUCAUCUUCCAUCUCAGCCUGGUGUUUGCAGAGUUCCCCCAGCGCCUCUUCCUCCACCAGUUCCUUAGUGACUACAACCACACACUGUACAACGUUAAACACUGUGGUGCGGAGGGCAGUGGUAUGAUCGAGGGUUUCAACAGGACCGUCCUGAAGCACCUCCCUCGCUCCCUGCUGCUCAUCCAGGUGGAGAGUGUUCUCAUGGGGGCCGCCUUCCUCUCCAUGGUCAUCUUCCUGGCGGUGUGCGGGGCUGCGUACCGCCCUACAGAGGAGAUCGAUCUGAGGAGUAUCGGCUGGGGGAACAUCUUCCAGUUGCCCUUCAAACACCUGAGAGACUACAGGCUGAGACUCCUCAUCCCUUUCUUCAUCUACAGUGGACUGGACUCACUCUUCUCUGUCACGGGACUCACUCUGUCGUAUGGUGUGUGUACGGUGGGUCUGGAGUGGCUGUAUCUCCUGGUGAUGGUCUAUGGUCUGUCCUGCUCCCUGUUCUCCUGCCUGUCCCUGUCCCUCCUCAGGCUGCCACGCUACGUCUCUCUGCUAGGGGGCGCUGUGAUCCACGGUCCUCUGCUGGUGUUCUUGCUGUUCUGGUCCCCGGCUCCACGCUCACCUGAUCAACUGCCUUACCUGCUGGUGGUGAUCGCCCUCUGGGGAAUGGGGUCUGCAUUGAAUAAGACUGGACUCAGCAUUCUCCUGGGUAUGUUGUAUGAAGAUAAAGAGAGACUGGACUUUGUCUACACCAUCUACCACUGGUGGCAAGCUAUCGCCAUCUUCAUAGUCUACCUGUGGACUGGACUCAUCAUGAGGGCCAAACUCUCCAUUCUAUUGGUCAUCUUGCUGCUGGCGUGCUUCUGCUAUUGGACGAUGGAGCGACGCCUGGCCAAGAACAUGCAUUUCAGACUGCCUCGCAUUCCCCGCCCCAAACACAAGGUCAAAGGUUAUCGUUACCUGGAGGAGGAAAACUCAGAUGAGUCGAACUCGGAGGAGAGUGAUGAGGAUGAUGAUGAAGAGCAGCAGGAGGAGGUGAUCAGGGAGGACUUUGGCGGAGACGCAGGGUCGCAGGGCUCUGAUUCGACCAGGGAGAGGAGAGGAGGGGCUAGGGGACGCCGCAGGAGGAGAGACGAUGAUUAUGAGCAAGCGGGGGAAAGGGAGGAGAGAGAGGGAUAGAGAAAGAGUGAAAGAGCGAAAAAUAGUUAGAGAGACAUGGAGAGAGUGAGUCCUUUAGCUAUCCUCUAGGUAUCCUCUUAAGUAUCCUCUAGGUGUCCUCUAGCUAUCCUCUUGGUGUCCUCUAGCUAUCCUCUUGGUGUCCUCUAGCUAUCCUCUUGGUGUCCUCUAGCUGUCCUCUAGGUAUCCUCUAGCUGUCCUCUAGGUAUCCUCUAGCUGUCCUCUAGGUAUCCUCUAGCUGUCCUCGAAGGUAUCCUCUAGGUAUUAUCUAGCUGUCCUCUAGGUAUCCUCUAGCUGUCCUCUAGGUAUCCUCUAGCUGUCCUCUAGGUAUCCUCUAGCUGUCCUCGAAGGUAUCCUCUAGGUAUUAUCUAGCUGUCCUCUAGGUAUCCUCUAGCUGUCCUCUAGGUAUCCUCUAGCUGUCCUCUAGGUAUCCUCUAGCUGUCCUCUAGGUAUCCUCUAGCUAUCCUCUAGGUAUCCUCUAGCUGUCCUCUAGGUAUCCUCUAGGUGUCCUCUAGCUAUCCUCUUGGUGUCCUCUAGCUAUCCUCUUGGUGUCCUCUAGCUAUCCUCUUGGUGUCCUCUAGCUGUCCUCUAGGUAUCCUCUAGCUGUCCUCUAGGUAUCCUCUAGCUGUCCUCUAGGUAUCCUCUAGCUGUCCUCGAAGGUAUCCUCUAGGUAUUAUCUAGCUGUCCUCUAGGUAUCCUCUAGCUGUCCUCUAGGUAUCCUCUAGCUGUCCUCUAGGUAUCCUCUAGCUGUCCUCGAAGGUAUCCUCUAGGUAUUAUCUAGCUGUCCUCUAGGUAUCCUCUAGCUGUCCCCUAGGUAUCCUCUAGGUAUCCUCUAGCUGUCCUCUAGGUAUCCUCUAGCUGUCCUCUAGGUAUCCUCUAGCUGUCCUCUAACUAUCCUCUAGCUGUCCUCUAGGUAUCCUCUAGCUGUCCUCUAGCUAUCCUCUAGCUGUCCUCUAGGUAUCCUCUAGCUGUCCUCUAACUAUCCUCUAGCUGUCCUCUAGCUGUCCUCUAGGUAUCCUCUAGCUGUCCUCUAGCUAUCCUCUAGCUGUCCUCGAAGGUAUCCUCUAGGUAUUAUCUAGCUGUCCUCUAGGUAUCCUCUAGCUGUCCCCUAGGUAUCCUCUAGGUAUCCUCUAGCUGUCCUCUAGGUAUCCUCUAGCUGUCCUCUAGGUAUCCUCUAGCUGUCCUCUAGGUAUCCUCUAGCUGUCCUCUAGGUAUCCUCUAGCUGUCCUCUAACUAUCCUCUAGCUGUCCUCUAGCUGUCCUCUAGGUAUCCUCUAGCUGUCCUCUAGCUGUCCUCUAGCUGUCCUCUAGGUAUCCUCUAGGUAUCCUCUAGGUGUCCUCUAGCUAUCCUCUAGCUGUCCUCUAGCUAUCCUCUAGCUAUCCUCUAGGUAUCCUCUAGCUAUCCUCUAGCUGUCCUCUAGCUAUCCUCUAGGUAUCCUCUAGGUAUCCUCUAGCUGUCCUCUAGGUAUCCUCUAGGUGUCCUCUAGCUAUCCUCUAGCUGUCCUCUAGCUAUCCUCUAGGUAUCCUCUAGCUAUCCUCUAGGUAUCCUCUAGCUAUCCUCUAGGUAUCCUCUAGGUAUCCUCUAGGUAUCCUCUAGCUAUCCUCCAGGUAUCCUCUAGGUACUUUCCCCAGUCCAGCUCUCUUACAACAGUGCAGAUUAAGGAAAGGAGUUGAAUCAGAAGAAGAGACAAAACGGGUGUGUCUCAAAUGUAAGGAGGAUAAAACAGAGCGGUACAGGAGGAUAAAACAGAGCGGUGCAGGAGGAUAAAACAGAGCGGUACAGGAGGAUAAAACCAGAGUGGUACAGGAGGAUAAAACCAGAGUGGUACAGGAGGAUAAAACCAGAGUGGUGCAGGAGGAUAAAACCAGAGCGGUACAGGAGGAUAAAACCAGAGCGGUACAGGAGGAUAAAACAGAGUGGUACAGGAGGAAAGAGAAGAACGGGGGAUUUUACACAGAAGGAAAGAGGAUGGAGAGAGGACAGGAAUUCAGUUUCGAUGGAUUCUCAUAACACAACUGAAAAGGGAAGAAGUAAUUUACUCCACUUCAAAUAUAAACCAGUUUCCCUCCGGUGCAUGAUCACAUGGCAUAUGGCCCAAAUGGCACGCUAUUCACUAUAUAGUGCACCCAUUUUGAACAGGGCCCAUUAGGGCUCUGGCCAAAAGUAGUGUACUAUAUAGGGAAUGGGGUGCCAUAUCGGACUCAUGCAUACUGUAUAGACACCUGAAACAUAUAUGAAGUUAGGUACAUCACAGGCACUUUUGACAGGGCACAUACAGGGCUCUGGUCAAAAGUAGUGCACUAUAGAGGGAAUAAGGUGCCAUCUGGGACACAGCCUUUGUAUUUCAACAGUAUCACUGUAUUGUUAGUCAGCUGUGUUGUCAUGGUUCCUAGCUCAGGUGUUUUGAGUGGCCUACAUUUGAUGGGUUUUUUUGUAAGGAAUUUAUUCAAUCAAUGAUUUUGAAAAAGUUGAAUUAUAUUCAUGAAUUAUAAUGAGAAUAAAUGGAUUGUAAUUGUUUUUUUAUGACUGUUUUGAAGGUGUUUUCUGAGUAUAAAGCUGGUUUUGUGCCUCUUGA